ACCAAUCAUAUCACACCACGCAUACUCAACCCACAAAAGACUAAACUGCAAAAUUCUUCGUUCGGAGAGAGAAAAACGAAAAGUUAUUAAAGAAAAAUGAAUUAAAAUCUGAUAGCGUAAACAAUUUCGUCUGUAAAUAGAUAAUUUAAACUAAUUGUAUUAAUCCAAACUAACUCACAAAAGAAUCAAGUCAAUAUGCGCGCCGUAUAUCUCGCAAUCGCAAUUCAAUUAAUCUUCUGUGCCGUGGGUACCUUGGCCGGUCGGGAUUUCUAUCGCAUUUUAAAUGUUAAAAAAUCCGCCACCACAAAUGAAAUUAAGAAAGCAUAUCGCAAACAAGCCAAAGAAUUGCAUCCCGAUAAGAACAAGGACGAUCCCGAUGCAUCGACAAAAUUCCAAGAUCUCGGCGCUGCCUAUGAAGUUCUAUCGGACCCGGAGAAGCGCAAAACCUACGAUCGAUGUGGCGAGGAGUGUCUGAAGAAGGACGGCAUGAUGGACAGUUCGGAUCCUUUUGCUAAUUUCUUCGGUGAUUUUGGCUUCCAUUUCGGCAAUGGUGAUUCCCAACAGCAUGACACUCCUCGCGGAGCGAAUAUUGUCAUGAAAAUGAUGGUCACUCUGGAGGAGUUGUAUUCGGGCAACUUCGUGGAGAUCGUUCGCAAUAAGCCUGUGCUGAAACCAGCGUCUGGAACGAGAAAGUGCAACUGUCGACAGGAAAUGGUCACUCGAAACAUGGGUCCAGGGCGAUUCCAGAUGAUGCAACAGACCAUUUGUGAUGAGUGUCCCAACGUUAAGUUGGUCAACGAGGAACGAACUCUGGAGAUAGAGGUGGAGUCGGGUAUGGUUGACGGACAGGAGACACGCUUCGUGGCCGAGGGUGAGCCUCAUUUGGAUGGUGAGCCUGGCGAUCUGAUAGUUGUCAUCCAACAAAUGCCCCACGAGAGAUUCCAACGCAAGGGUGAUGAUUUAUACACCAAUGUCACAAUCAGUUUACAGGACGCUCUUGUAGGCUUUAGCCUUGAUAUUCCCCACUUGGAUGGACACAAAGUCUCUGUGACACGAGACAAAGUGACCUGGCCAGGUGCUCGCAUUCGCAAGAAGGGCGAGGGAAUGCCAAACUAUGAAAACAACAACCUGCAUGGCAACUUGUACAUAACCUUCGACGUAGAAUUCCCCAAGAAGGACUUAUCAGAAAGCGAUAAAGAAGCUAUUAAAAAGAUUUUGGAUCAAUCUUCGAUAGACCGAAUAUACAAUGGACUUUAGAAUGAGCUGAGAUUUUUGUUUUAAUUUGUAAAUUAAGGAUUUAGAGUUUAAUAAAUUAAAUCAAAGGAGGUUAUAAUUUAUAACACACAUGCACGUGGUGUUGCCUGCAAAAAAGAAUUAUUGUAUAAUUUUCCAAGGGCCUCAUAUUCAAAUGCACCUUUGCCAGCAGUUGAAUUUUGAAUAAUGCGAUUAUGUCAGAAAGGAGUUAUUUAUGUAGUUGUUUAAGUUUAUUAUUUUGUGUGCUAUAUAAUUUUGUAUUUAUAUAGAGAAAAAAAAAAUUAAAACAAAACAAAUACACAAAUCUAGUAAAUUCCUGGA